GUGUAAUUAUUGUUUUUGUUUAGUAACUAUUAUAGUUAUUACCUGGGCCUGCGCAACUGGCUCUUUUAUUCUUUUGUGUGUAUCCAUUGUCUAUCUUUGCACGUGCUAUUUUACUUCUCUGGUUGUGUACUGUUUUGUUACAAAGAUAAUUUCUUUUAUAAACUGAGAAUUGUUAUCGGUCACUAUCGUGGUCUAUUUACGCGUUAGUACACAACAAUUGGCGACGAGAGUGAAAGGAAGCAGUGAAAGGAAGGAGAAGAGAUGGCGGCUACUUAUCAUGGAACCAUUACUACUUUUGACUCUUCCCAGGAGGAUUGGGUGGAUUACGCGGAGAGGCUCGAGCACUAUUUCGUGGCUAACAGUAUAGAUAAUGCUGACGUUCAGCGAGCUAUUCUGUUUACAAGUGUGGGUCCUUCUACGUAUCGGCUGAUAAAGACAUUGUCACUGCCGAGGAAGCCGACCGAUUAUUCCUUUCAGGAGCUAGUAACCAAUGUGCAGAGUCACUUCCAUCCUAAGCCUUCUCCUAUUAUUAAGCGCUUUGAGUUCAACACUCGUGUACAACAGGGUGAAUCUGUUGGUGUCUUUGUUGCUGCAUUGAGAAACAUUGCAGAGCACUGUUUAUAUCCAGAGACUAUACUUCACGACAUGCUCCGUGAUCGUAUUGUUUGUGGGAUUCGGGACAAGGCAGUACAACGUACGUUACUUAAAGAAUCUAAGCUGACAUAUGAUACAGCCUUGGAUACUGCCUUAGCAGCCGAAGCAGCUACUAAUAAUUCAAAGCAAUUACAUCAUAAUCCCUACUCAACGCUCCCUGUUAAUCAUGUAAAGGGGAAAUCGAUGUCUCUUAAGCAGAAAGAGGGCACAUCUACAGCUAUCUGUUAUCGUUGCGGUGGUAAACACAUAGCAUCUCAGUGUCGUUUCAGAGAUUAUGAGUGCCACUAUUGUAAGAAGAAGGGUCAUUUAGCAUCAGUCUGUCGCAAGAAGAAAGCUAAAGACAAAGGUGAUACUGACUCUAGUAAAGAUCAAGCACAGACAAAUGUCGUUGGGAGUGAGGAGGAGAGUGAAGACUAUUCCUUGUUUAAAGUAGCUGGUAACGCCUCAAACAAACCUCUGUUAGCAAGCAUUCUCAUUAAUGGAGUUAGUGUGGAGAUGGAGAUCGAUACAGGGGCAUCUGUCUCUCUAAUGGGAGAAGACACCUAUCGAUUAGUUCAAGAUCCUGAGAAGCCUCUUCAACGCUCCACAGCCAAGCUUCAUACCUACACGGGAGAACCAAUCAAGGUAUUGGGUUCCACUGAGGUUCUUGUACAGCAUAAUGGUCAGAGUAUGACAUUGCCUUUGAUUGUAAUGAAGGGCAAGGGUUCUCCACUACUUGGGCGGAAUUGGUUGUCAAUGCUCAAAUUAGAUUGGCAGAAUGUGUUUAAAGUAGAAACCAAUCGCUCUUUACAAGAGGUACUAGCAUGCUUUGGGGAAGUAUUCAAUGAAGGGCUCGGGAAAGUAGAAGGAGUGCAAGCUAAGAUAUUUGUACAUCCCCAGUCUACGCCUAUAUUUCAUAAAGCCCGUCCUGUCCCCUAUGCAUUGAAAGCUAAAGUAGAAGCUGAAUUAGACCGCCUUCAGGAACAUGGCAUUAUUGAACCUGUUCGUUUCGCUGACUGGGCUGCUCCAAUAGUUCCAGUGCUCAAGAGAGAUUGAUCCAUUCGUAUAUGUGGGGACUACAAGGUCACUGCAAAUCGAGUGGCAAGGUUAGACAAGUAUCCUCUUCCUCGUAUUGAAGACUUGUUCGCUUCAUUGUCUGGUGGGAUGUGUUUCUCCAAGCUAGACUUAUCACAUGCCUAUCAACAGAUAGAGCUGGAGGAGGAGUCUCAUGAGUACACUAUAAUUAAUACACAUAAGGGGUUAUUCAGGUACAACAGAUUGCCUUUUGGGAUAGCCUCAGCCCCGUCAAUCUUUUGGAGGGUAAUGGACACCUUGUUACAAGGGAUCCCAGGGGUAUGUGUAUACAUUGAUGAUAUUUUAGUUGCAGGUUCCACUGAAGAAGAGCACCUUGCUCGUCUAUCAGAAGUCCUCAAGCGUUUGGCUGAAUCUGGAAUGAGAUUGAAGCAAGAGAAAUGUAGUUUUCUACUGUCCUCAGUUGAGUAUUUGGGCCAUACAAUCAGUAGAGAGGGAUUGAAGACUUCCGAAUCUAAAGUUAAAGCCAUUUCAAAUGCUCCAGCUCCAUCGAAUGUGAGUGAAUUACGUUCAUUCAUAGGUCUUGUCAAUUAUUAUGGCAAAUUUUUGCCUGAUCUUGCUACAACACUCACACCAUUGUAUGAAUUGCUACAUGCUAAGAAGAAGUGGUCAUGGGGAAAGGAACAAGAGAAAUCCUUCAGAGAGAUUAAGGAGCUGCUGAAGUCCUCCAGAGUACUGAUUCAUUUUGGACCGUUAACUCUCUCAUGUGACGCCUCUCCUUACGGAGUUGGUGCUGUCCUAGCUCACAGACUGUCAAGUGGUGAGGAGCGUCCUAUUGGAUUUGCCUCUCGCACACUAACGGUGGCCAAGAAGAAGUACUCGCAAUUAGUGAAGGAGGUGUUGGCCAUCAUUUUCGCAGUCUGGAAGUUUCAUCAAUAUCUCUAUGGUAGACCGUUCGAAUUAAAAACGGAUCACAAGCCCUUGACAUAUAUAUUUAAUGAAAAGAAGGGAAUUCCUGUGUUGUCAUCUGGACGUAUUCAGAGGUGGGCUCUCACUCUUGGAGCGUAUAGCUACACUAUUACUUACAAGGAAGGCAAGUAUAAUGUGUGUGCCGAUGCUAUGAGUCGCCUCCCACUUCAAGUCUCUUCUAGCUCUCCACCUAAGCCAGCUGAUGUCAUUCAUCUACUGGAAUAUUUGGACACCUCCCCAGUAACUAGUACUCAGGUUCGGUCGUGGACGGAUUGAGAUUCGGUGUUGUCUCGAGUACGGGAUUGGAUACUUACUGGUUGGCCUGCUAAAGAGGGGGAUGGAAACAAUCUCUUUCAACCAUAUAUAAGGAGGAGGUAUGAGCUGAGUGUGGACGAGGGUUGUGUAUUGUGGGGCAAUCGUAUAGUCAUUCCAAAUAAAGGGAGAAAAGCCUUAGUAUCUAUAUUGCAUGAGGGUCACACUGGAAUUGUCAGAAUGAAAAGCUUUGCACGAGGAUAUGUCUGGUGGCCAAAUAUGGACCAUGAGCUUGAACAGUGUGUGCAAGCAUGUAAUGUGUGUCAAUUGCAGAGGAAGUCUCCCCCAGUAACCCCUUCACAUCCAUGGGCAUGGCCUGACAAACCAUGGUCUAGAAUCCAUAUAGAUUGCGGGCCUAUAAAGGGAAAGAUGUUUUUAGUGGUGGUAGAUGCGUAUUCUAAAUGGUUAGAUGUUCACAUGACUAGCUCUACUACUACUUCAGCUACUCUAGAGUUGUUAAGGAGAUCAUUUGCUACUUUGGGCUUGCCUGAGGUAGUUGUUUCAGACAAUGCUGCCAACUUUACUAGUGAAGAAUUUAGAAGCUUCAUGAAGAGGAAUGGCAUUAAGCAUGUCAGAACUCCGCCUUAUCACCCUGCCUCUAACGGUAUUGCAGAGAGAGCUGUCCAGACUUUAAAGGAUAGCAUAAAGAAGUUGAAGAAGGGAUCUCUGGAGACUCGGUUGUCUAGAUUUUUGUUUAAAUACCAUGUUACCCCUCAUUCUGUUACUGGUGUUGCUCCUGCUGAUAUAAUGUUUGGUCGUAGAUUAAGGACACAUCUUGAUGUUUUAAAGCCUGAUUUGUCUAGGAAGGUUAUUCGUAAUAAUGAGCAUCAGAAGAAUUGGUAUAAUAUUCGUGUGAAUCAAAGAGAUUUUAAAGUUGGUGACUUAGUGUAUGCUCGAAACUAUGCUACAGGUCCAAAAUGGUUACCUGGUAAGAUUGUGGAGUCAAGUGGGAAUGUAUUAUUUACUGUAGCUCUAAUGGAUGGUCGUCAGGUGCGUAAGCAUACUGAUCAACUGAUUAAACGGUAUGCAGACUCUAAUGAUCAAGCAGAUGAAGAGCAGUUGGAUCAUGAUGAUAUCCCUGUGAGUUCUAAUAAUGAAGAUUCUACUAACACUGCUCCUACUGUGAACAUACCACCUGAUACUCCAGAGCUUUCUGCUGAUACAACUAUUACUUCCCAUUCUGCUUCUCAUACACUGUCUUGUUCGACUACUCCUGAUCGUAUGACAGAAUCUCCUAUUCAAGACGAGGAACAGAGCCGAGAAUCUGCUCCGCCUACCGUUACUACUCGUCGUUCGUCUCGAACACGGAAUCCUCCGAACCGCGAGCCCGGCAUUGGCGAGCUAACUAGUGAAUCCGGAGCUGAGUUGACUACUAAGGAAGCAACUAUAUAG